UCAUCGGAGAAGUAAAAGGAACGCUCGUGAAAGUAGAACGCGAGAAAAAGGAUCUGAAUGUGUUCAUGGAUAUAUCUAACGGUUUACAAAUUGACAGGAUCAAGAGCAACGGUUUGCUAUCUUCGUUAAAUUCAAGCAUUCACGAUGAUUUAUCGAAUAACUUAACGAUGGACGAGCCGACGUGUAUCCUUUCUCAAAAUAAUAACGUCAUAGAAAUGUCCCAGAUACGAUUGUAUCAGAUCAAACGGAAAUUGGAAAGUCUCGAUAACGUUUUACGAGCAUACAGCAUGUUAGACUCUUGCGUUACGAGAAAUGUCGAACGAUCGAAGGAAAAAAACAACGAGAUCCAAGCGAUUUAUCAAAACCUCGUCGAUACUCUCGACGCGAUAAAACUAGGGAUCGAGAAUAUCAACAAAACGAAGAGAAAUAAAAUUUCUUUCGAGAUCAACGCUAAGGAAUACAGCGACAAGAUGUUGCAAACGACUAGCAGCGAUUACGAAUUAUUUGAAAGUAUCGAUUCCGAGGGAAAUUCCUCGAUUUCCAUGAAAAGUUAUACCGAACGAUUGAUCGAGCAUCCGUUAGACUCGGCGAUCGUUGAUAAGAAUCAACGAAGCGAGAAACGAUCGAUUAAAACCGACGCAACGUUCGCGUUAUCUCGAUCCAAUCACGUCAUAAUACUGGAUCAAGAGUCUCUUCUAAACGAUUUCCAAAGGCAGGAUAAGAAAGAAUUAUCAGGCUUUCCCAAUUCGUUGGAAAUCGACGAGGAUCCAUCGAUCAUUUCUACGAACUCCAGUCAAUUGGAAAUAUCGAAAGACAGCGACUUGGAAAACGAGUCAACUGCGAUGUUAAUUCGGGAAGCUUUACAAUGCAAGAAAGAACUUUUGUCGCGUGUCAAGUUGCACAAGUUCUAUUCGAAUGUCGAGGUCAGGAAAGAAAGAGAAGAAACUACGGAGAACUUCAAGGACGUUGAUGCUGCUUGGCUGGACACGGAGAAAAGUUUCCAGUCAAAGUUGUUGGACAUCAUUACCGAAGAAUCUACCAGUAGUUGUACCGACAAAACUAGUAGAACUUAUAUAUUUCUUCAGAUGAAGCAAUCGAGCGAAAUGUCCGACGGUUCCUCGUCAUCGUCGAACAUGGAGAUAGACGAUGAAAAGCAAGAGAAUGACAAUACGAAGAACGGAAAGAUUACGUCAGAGACGUGUAACUCGUCGAAGGAAGCUUUACCCAUUGUCUCUUCCCAAUACUUCAGUUUCAACGAUCUCUCGAUCCUUCCGAAACAGCAAAAUAUUCCUUUCCGAAAACUUCCGAACGAUUCUAAAUCGUCUUUAGCUAAGAAAGAUAAGUCGAUAAAAAGUACAAAUUCGUUACAGGGUAAAAGACCGUACAGGGAAGUCGCGACUUGGGACGACGACGAUAUAGAUGACGAUCGAAAAAGGCAUUGUCAUCGUGACGACGAAGAAAAAAAUCGUUUAAUAUCUUCCAAGCGAUUACGUAAAGCUAGAAGCGUGCCUGAAUCUUUUCGUAAAAAAGGAACUAACAACGUUCGAAGAAAUAUCAACGAGGUUACGUUGAAAACCAUGAGAAACAUAAAUUCUAUGGAAUGGUUUGGGGAUACAGGAAACGAAGACGAAGAUACUAUUCUUCGAAAGAACGAAAACGAAGGAAUUAUCUCAUUUGGAACGGACGAUUUAUUGUCUUGGAAUCGAAUUACCGACUCGUCUAGCGGCGGAAGUAUAAAAUAUCAAUUUACGAUCGAUAACGGAAGCAUGACAAACUUUUUCUCAUCCAAAGACUCGAAUUUAGAAAUAUGUAACAAGUAUUCGUCGAACAAGGAAAAAGAUGAGACUGUCUACAAUCAGGAUUUAUCGUUAAGAAGACGUCCGGGUAUGCUUUCGUUCGCUCAAUUAAAAAUGAACACUUUACUGACCGAUGAGAACGAUAUAUUCAAGAAUCCAUACUUCCUCGGUGAAAAGACCCUGUCAGAAGCAACGUGUGGCGAGACCAUCGAAUUGAAUCUAAUUCCGAUAUCAGUGUCGAUCGACUCGCACGAAUCUAAUCUUCUCGCAGUAACCCGCAGCAAAAUUUUCGACGACUUGAACAAAGUCUCUUCCACAUUGCGAAUCUCUUAUAAUAAUGAUCUAGAAACUGGUAACGUCACCGAGAUCAUCGAGAACGAUGAGAACGAUGAACCUGACAAAAAGGAAAUCCAAAAGAUUCCGGAUAAUGGGAAAAGUAUAGUUUAUAUUUCCGAUCGUGCGAUGGAACUCGCCGAUCGCAAUAACGACGAAAGAAAAAAAGUUCAAAGAAAGUGGCUUUUCAAUGAGACGAAGCGAUCGAAUAACGUAACGAGCUCUCGAUCGAACGUGAUCACACAAAAAAGUAGCUCGUACUUCACGGGCGAUACUUCGAGUUCCAUGAGCAAGAUAGAUUUUGAAUCUUGCCGGAUAUCCAAGAGUAAUAUCAGCAUGAAUUCUUCUUUCAAAGAAAUAAACAUUCAAAAUGAUAUAUUGGAAUCGUGCAUAGACUCGUGCAUCAAUUUAUUAAGGAAAGUAGAAACGGAUAAAAAUGAAUCGUUGCAAUCGAUAGAUGUAACGUCGAGCGAAUGCGCUUCCAACGACAAUGAGACAAGUAACAAAACAUCUGUUUCGUACAUCGAAGCGAACGAUUGCAAAUCGACUAAUGAAAUUUUCGUGCAAAAAGAAUCGAACGUGAAACAAUUGAAAAAUAAAUCCGAGGGAUUCAUAUUCGAUGGAAGCAUCCAGUACAAGAAACCACCUGUUGACGAGCAAAGCGUAAAGAGAAAUUCGCGUGCGAUUAAUUCGAAUUGGGCCAAAUAUAAAAAAUCAAGCAUCGAUACGAAAUCGAAAGAUUCGAUAAAGGUAGAACGUGGGACGUAUUCGAAGAGAAACCUAACGAGUAAUAAUUCUCAGCUUAAAAUAAAAAGUGAUUUAAGUAUAAUCGAUGGCAAAGAUAACGCACCAAACGCUACAAGAUCUUACACGAGGCCGAACAGUUGCAAUCUAUCUCAAGAAAGAUCUCGACCUUGCGCGAGUUCUUGUAAAAAUGAUUUUUCGUCUCGCUCUGCCGUUUUCUCGCAAUGCGAUGAUCGAAGAUCGACGAAGGAGGAAGCGAAGAAAGACAAAGCUAAAUUCGACAAAACGGAAACGCAUUCUAAUCACGCGCUGUCGACUCCGAAGUCAUUUUCGAAAUCUUGCAUACCCAUAUUGAAAAGUCGAUUGGAUGCACGAAGAAUGGAACAUAUAUGUCGGCCGAAAAGUCCGAUGAGGGGACCCUUAACGAUGACUGGAUUAUAUCGGGAUAAAAUAAAUAAUAACGAUGAGAACGUCAACGAAGUCAACGUGAUUCCGACGGAAGGUACUUCUAUGAAUAAAAAAGAAUUGCAGCAACAUCUGGAUAACAGUAAAACGUUCGAGACGAGAUUUAAAACGGGAUCAUCCAAAGAAAGUACGAACGUCAUCGAUGAAAAUUGUAGCAAUAACGCGUCUCGCGAACGGACGAUAAUAUACGUGAAUAUAAUUAAUCAUCACGAUCACAAUGUGACGAGAAUAUUGGAUCCUGAAAAAUUUCUCGAGUAUACGAGAAAAGAAGUACUCGUUGCGCAAAACGUAAAUGAGCUGGACGCAAAAUUAGAGAACAAUGCGUCAUCAUCUUCCGUAAUAAUGUCGCAGGAAAAAGAUACCUUGCCGAAACUCGUAACCAUCGUGUCCUCCGUCACGAACGAGGCCGAUAACGACGAAAACGAUUCCAACGGUACGUCCAGUCGGCAUGUAUUCACAGGUACAUUAAAAAAUUUCUGGUUUGUUACCAUUCACCAAAAGGAAAUGGAAGUUUCGGUGAAGCCGUCCGUUACGGACACGAGCACGUCGAUGUCCGACUUUUUAAAAAUCAGCGAAACAAUGCCGUUGCACGAGCAUCAAAUAUUUGGAAUGCCAAAGGAAUUAAGCAACGAGGAGUAUUCUUACUUGUUCGAAAUUCUUACCCGGAAACAAAAUCUCGGCCAUUUAAAGGAGAUUGAAAACUUGUGCCAGAGACUUAGGCUAGGAAACAAAAAUUUAGAGUGAUCUUACCGUCGAUCGGCUUAGGCAUUAACUUUUCUUUUUUUGUAAACGCAAACCUGUCGGAUCCUUGGAUACGAUGUUGUCUUUUAUCAUAUACUUCUCUAUAUAUUUUCAUUGUAUAUAUGUACUCUUUGAG